AUGCAAGAUGAUAACUCUCAAUCCAAUUCGCUGGCAAUUCGUCGGAUCGAGGUCGAUAAAGUCCGCCUGACAAAAUAUCCUUCGAGGAGUACCGAAAAAGUGAAUCCGAAACGGCAGAAUGCUGCAUUGCGACUGAGGGACAAGAAGUUUGUUUGGGUGAAUUUAAACGGCAAAAAGUCUGGCCAGGAGGACCAUAGUCCUCUGAAAUUUUACACUCAAGAAGAUGAAGGGGUUCCUCUUAAGGUUAGAGAUUCUGUUAGACGUGCAGAGAUAGCACUUCGGAGACAGGGCAGGUUCAUUACAAAAGAAGCAUUCGAGCAUGAUAUAAAAAUUAGGCUGUCGUCAAUGUUUUCCGUCGAAGGCGUCCCACGAUCAGAAGGGAAAUUGGAAGCCUGGCACCCGCCAGCUAUGAUCGAUACGGGUACUCACCAACUGUUUAACUCCCUGAAGGAGAAAGGUGUGGAGGGGUUUAAAGAAUUGUGGGAAGUAUAUGGAGAGCGCGCCAAAAGCCGACAAUGGCCUCUCAUCGCUCUCCAGAUAUUAAGCACUACUCCUGCUUUGAUGCCCGACUUUUUGAUUGCUACAGAUUCUGCACCAUAUCCACCCUUCUCGAUGGUAAGCGAUUGUAUGCUUUACCUUCAUUACUUCCACAAAGAAGUCGAUCCCCGUGCUCGCCGUGCUGCUCUUCUUCAGUGUAUGGAUCCGGAGAGAUGGCCAGUCAUUCUUCUACCACAGCGUGGUGUCAGAUUGUACGCGAUGAGUGCGGGUCAGCAGAAUGCCUAUAGGGCUAUGGAUAUCAUGCGGUCCCGAGACUCACAAAUUUCAGCUUACACGUUGCUUGCAUUCAUGAAUGUCUGUACGCAAGCUGGGGAUGUUACCAGAGCACUGGAGUGUCUUCGUGCGAUUGCUGCGAUAGAGGAUCGACAGGGACUUUCAAUGAAUUCGGAAGCUAUCCUUCGCCACUGCUGUAAGCUUCUUGAGUUGGAUGAAGUUGUGGAAGAAGAUGGCCUACGCAAUUUUAAGAUCCUUCCACAGGUUUUGAAACUAGGAGUGACUCCGUGCCUGGAAAUGAUGAAUGUGGUUCUUUCGAAUGCUUUCGACACGGGAGACCCGCAUCUUGGUCUCGACAUGCUGGAUUAUAUGAAAGGACAGGGCAUGGAAUUCAGUUCCUAUACCUACGUCAUUUUGCUCUCUGAUGCUGUGAAACGAAUGGAUCGUGAGCGGGUCGAUACUCUUCUACAGGAGAUCAACUUACGCCCAGAACUCAAAGACAACCAAUAUGUCGCUUCCAAGGUGUUCCAUAGUCACUACAUCUUCGGCGCCAAGCAUGCCUACCGAUCAGAUAAUCCCGGCAGACAUUUUACAGAUUUGAUGGAUGUCUACUGUCGCUACUUUGAUCCUACUCCCCUUCGAGAACUUGGAAUUAUUCCCCAACGAUUUAACACUGUGGAUAUUCCACGAGACACGCAACCCAGCAGGGUCAUAUUAAUGAUUAUGAUGGCAGCCUACCUACGAUGCAAUCCUCGAAACACAGCCACUAUACGUCUUUAUAAACGGUUCUGCGAACUGGUUGCUCAGAGACAUCCCGUUAUUACCCCACUGGUCGAACUUGCACAGGUAUAUAACGAGUUCAUAAUUUCUUUCCGUCCUUUUGGUGCGGACUUGAAGGAAUGUGUUUCGAUAGUGGAAGAUAUGGUUCAAUCAGAACCCUUCGAGCUUGGCGACAGGAUCAUCACACCAGCCAAGCCCAAUGCAUACACAUGGAACACAUUGAUGAGCGUCUUCGUCUCCCACCGUGACGUGGACGGUGUAGCAUCAGUUCGAGAAAUCAUGCGGCAAAGCGGCGUCCCACUCAACGCAGUAACAUGGAACGUGAUUAUCAACGGAACAGUCAGAAACCAAGAUAUCCCGGCUACAGUUGCCGCGAUGAGGGAAAUGGAUGAACAUGGAUUCUCCCCGGAUAACUUCACGGUGAAAGCGCUGCGUCUUGCUCGCGAUCCGGAGCGACUACAGGCUGCGAUUGAAGCCCUUGAUCAGGAAACGGAGAAGCUCAUGGAGGAGGAAAUGAAAUUAUUGGAACGGCAGAACGAAGAGCUGUUGGACCAGGGCCUCAAGCGUUUGGCUAUUGCUAUGAAGAAGCAUUAG